AUGGCUGAACCACAUCCAAACCCACCUCCGUACUCUGCAACCGCAAACCCGAUAACCACACAACCAGCAUUCGUCGUGUACCCUGGACAAACCACGGUCGUGAUUGUGGAGAACCCGAUGGGUUACGAACCGUGCAUAUACCCCUGCAAAUCCUGCAACCUGCGGCUGACGACCAGGGUUGAGAGGAAACCGGCUUGCAGGACGCAUUUGUGUGCAGGAGCUCUGUGUCUUUUUGGAUUCUGGCCCUGCGUGUGCCUGCCGUACUGUGUGAAUGCCUGCAACGAUGCCGACCACUACUGCUCCAACUGUGGUUCUUAUAUCGGCUCCUACAGAGGCUGA